AUGUACCUGGUGGAUUGGACGCCGGAGCUUCACAGAAGGUUCGUGCAAGCGGUGGAGCAGCUAGGAGUGGACAAGGCGAUCCCUUCCCGCAUUCUCGAGCUCAUGGGCGUCAAGUCCCUCACUCGCCACAACAUCGCCAGCCAUCUCCAAAAGUACCGCUCGCACCGCCGCCAUCUCGCUGCGCGGGACGCGGAAGCCGCCAACUGGCACACCAACCGCGCACCCGCGGAUUCCGGCGCUUCUGCCGGCGCCUGGCCGGCUGGCGCUGCUGCUGCCGCUGCUGCUCCGGCGGGAACGCCUGGAGCAUCGGGAUCCACGUGGGGUCCCGGAGUCCCGCCUGCGGGUGCGGCCGUUAGCGGUGGUGGUACUCCGGCAAAUGCGGUAGCAAAUGGCGUUCCCAAUGGCUCUCCGGGUGGUGUAUCGCAUGGGGUUCCGACGGGUCAUCCUGCCGCCAUGAUGCCGCCUCGCCAAAUGCCCGGCAUGAUGCCUCCGUGCCCGCCGAUGCCGUUCCGCCAUCAGCCGUACGGCAACAUGCCGAUGAUGCAUCCGCAUCAAUCAUCGCCUGCCAUGGGCCCCAUGAUGCCGCACCCGCCGCCAGCCAUGGGCAUGCCGGUAUGGGGCCAUCCGACGACCGGGGGAGCGUCGCCGGGCGGUUUUCCGCGGCCGCACAUGUGGGGACAUAUGCAGCAGCAGCAACAGCAGCAGCAGCAGUGUCAGGCACAGCAGCAGCCGCAGCAGCAGAUGCAGCCGCGCGUGGCGGCGUACCCGCCUCCCUCGUGGCUGGCCGUUGAUGGUUCCUCUCCGUGGCACCACUACCCCGCGUUCCCCGCGGGUCCUCCGCCGAUGGACGCGUGGCCCCAUCCCGGCAUGCCAGCGCGCGGAAUGCCUUGCUUCCCCCCGCGCCAGCACCAGCACCCGCUCAGCUACCCCAUGCCGCCCAAUGGCCCUCCCAACGGCGCUGCCAGCGGUCCUCCUGGCAUGGUCUGCGGCGCGCCUGUCUGUCCGCCUAACGCCAUGCCGCCCAACGGCUAUCCGCAUACCGGCGCGCCUCCCUCCGGAAGCCACGCGAACGGGGCCCCUGCCAUGAUGCCUCCGCCGUCCCCCUUCCUAGGAAUGCCCAUGAUGCCCGGUCUCCCGCACGCGCCCAGUUUCGGCCCCUCCCCCGGGCACGGGUGGGGCAUGGGGGCGAUGCUGUCCGGAACGUCGGGCGGAGGGGGAGGCGGGGGGGACGGGGGGGCGGGUGACGCGGCGCACGUGGCAGAUGAGGCGAUGCCGAAUCCGAUGUUUCCGCUCUCGGAUGAUCUGACGGUGGACCUUGCUGCGAUUUCAGCUAGCAUCGGGGACGAUUUGCAUGAGGCCAACGACAUUCUAGACGCGGCCAUCAGCGAGGCGCUCACCAACCCCGCCACGCCGCUGCCGCUGGGCCUCAAGCCUCCGUCGCUGGACGGCGUUUUGGACGAGCUCAACCGCCAGGGCAUCCGCAUGCCCGCCUCCACUGCUGCCGCCGCCGCCGCCGCCGCUGGUGCUGCUGAUGCUGGGGAUGUUGUAGCAGCUGACGCAGCUGGCUCGGAUGGCGCACCGGUCGCGUUUGCUGCGCUAGUGGAUGCUGACAUGCUUACUGCAGCUGCUGGGGUUGAUGGUGAUGGUGACGACGAAGGUCUCCUAUCGCUGACGGACUAUCCUGCUGGGCUGUUUUGCUCUGCGGAAGCCAUGGCGGCUGCUGCCUCGUUCCUCAAGGAAGAAGCUGUGUAG